UUCUGGCACCCUGAGGAGGAGCUUGCAGCUCUCCCCGGGGUCUCGGAGACCGUGGUUGGCUACUGCGGUGGCAGCACCGCCGAUCCGACCUACAAGUCGAUUGGCGAUCACACAGAGGCCUUGCGUGUCACCUUCGACUCGCGUGUGGUGUCGGCGGAGAGCAUGCUCGAGCGCUUCUUUGAGAUGCACGACCCGAUGCCGCGUGCCUUCACGGGCACUCAGUACCGCUCCGCCAUCUUCUAUCACAACGACGCGCAGGCCGAGACGGCGGCGGCCGUGGCGGGCCGGCAGGCGUCCUCGCAAGCGAAGCACACCUCGAUCGAGCCGGCCGGUCCAUUUUACCGCGCUGAAGAGUACCACCAGCGCUUUCUGGCUAAG